AUGAGGAAAUCGGCUCUGCGAAAGGGUGCUCUCAACCUGAAAACACUUUUGCGUCGGAGAGAAUCGAUUAUUGCUUCGGCUGAACUGAUAAAAACGUUCGAUGAAAAUUUCGAGGUUUCGCAAAUAAAUCAGGUAGCGCUACGGAUCGAACGGCUCGAUGAGCUAUUCAGGAAAUUUGAGAGUGUGCAGGAUGAAAUAGAAUUGAUCGAGGAUAGGGAAGAAGAGUUUCUUGAUGACCGUGAGCAGUUCCAAGAUAAAUAUUUUGAGUUGAAGGCGUCUCUAAUGGGUAAACUUCCGCAAACAGCCCCCGUUCUUCAGUCUGCGCCUCUAGUUCAGACUCCGCCCGUGCAUGUGAACCCUACUAUGUCCGUCAAGCUUCCGGAACUGCGGAUUCCGGAGUUCAGCGGAAAACCGGAGCAAUGGAUAGAAUUUCGGGAUCUCUUUAAAGCGGUUAUCCAUUCGAACACCCAGCUGUCAGCGGUUCAAAAACUACAUUACCUUCGAAGCUCGCUAGCGGGUGAUGCGUCACGUUUAAUCUCGUCUACCGCCCUUACAGCGGAUAACUAUCCUAUAGCCUGGAAGAUCAUCACCGACCGAUAUGAGAAUAAAAAUUACCUAGUCAAGCAACAUAUGACAGCUCUUUUCAAAACCCCUCCCGCCAAGAAGGGGUCCGCUGCUGCCUUGGACGAGCUGGCAGAUGAAUUCAACCGACACGUUAGAAUCCUCGACAAACUUGAAGACGUAAACGACCACUGGAAUUCAUUCCUAGUGGAACGUUUAAGUAGCUUGCUUGAUGGAAAAUCCCUGCUGGAAUGGGAGACUCAGUGCAAGGAGGAAGAAACUCCGAAAUACGACGACUUACUCGACUUUAUGCACAAAAGGUCCCGUACUUUACAGAAAUGA